AUGGAAAAAAUUGUUGGUGCUCUCAUUUUCUUCAACCACAUUUUAGGUUCAUACCAGCUGAGAGCCAGUGGUCCAGGUGUCCCACAGAGGCACAGCUUGGUGAAGAUAGAUUGCAGGUUGGAAUCCUGGGAUUCACCAGAUCAUGGAGUAUUCUGGUUCAGACAGAAAAAAGACAUUUCUCUAGAGUCAAUACUGUUUCUGUCGCCCACGAACAGGAAAACAUUAGCUGAUAUUAAAUUCCAGAAAUUUGAUGCUAAGAAGAGUUCAGGUUUCAUGCUAGAAAUAAAUGAUUUUGAUGACAAAGACCAAGGGACAUAUUACUGUAUGAUUAACAAGAAUUCUGUUCUGUACUUCAGCAAUGGAUUUGAUCUCUACUAUCUCGCAGCUACGACCAAAAAGCCAACAACAACACAAGCAACACAUCUAAAAACACAGACCCCAAAAGAAAACUCAUGUGACUGCAAAUCUGUAAAUCCAGGUGAUGGUCAGCAAGUGAUUUAUAAAAGUAAUUCACUCAAUGUUGCACAAAUAAACAAGUUUGUUACUGUGAAACAUGUUGGUGUUUGUCUCCUAGCAGACCUGUGGUUGUGA